AUGGGCUCAAUCGCAGUUGAGGAACUCUUAAAGGAAAGGGAGUCAUCGGCUAGCACAUCCUGCACGCCUAUGAAAGCUGUUUCCAAUUCGCAAGAUGUUCCUCCUCCUAUUGCAAUUGUGGGUAUGGGUAUGAGACUCCCGGGCGGUAUCACCUCUGCAGAAGAGUUUUGGGACUUCCUGGUUUCAAAGGGAGAUGCGCGUAGUAAGAUACCAGAAUCUCGUUUCAACAUUGAUGCGUUUUAUAAUAGCUCGAAGCCUGGCUCUGUUAGGACAGAGUAUGGCUAUUUUCUAAAUCAAGAUCUGGCUCACAUAGAUACGUCAUUCUUUUCCAUGGUGAAAUACGAAGCUGAAAGGCUGGAUCCCCAACAAAGACUGCUACUUGAAGUAGUAUGGGAAUGUCUAGAGUCUGCCGGCGUAACCGGCUGGCGUGGAAAGGAUAUCGGCUGUUUUGUUGGCUCUUUCGGGGAAGACUGGCUUGACAUGUCAAGUAAAGAUACCCAGGACAUUAACAGAGUCAGAGCUAUCGGUGCUGGAGAUUUUGCGCUCGCAAACAGAGUCUCCUAUGAGUAUGAUCUCAAGGGACCAAGUAUAACGUUUCGAACUGCUUGCUCAGCUGCUAUGGUUGCUCUACAUAAUGCAUGCCUCUCUCUUUCCUCAGGAGAAUGUUCAGCUGCAAUUGUCGCAGGAACCAACCUUGCUCUAGCCCCGACGAUGGCAACUACAAUGUCCGACAACUUGGUUCUUUCGCCUAGUGGAAUUUGUCGAUCCUUCGACGCUGACGCUGAUGGAUACGGACGUGGUGAAGCUAUAAAUGCAGUUUAUAUCAAGAGACUUGAAGAUGCAGUUAGAGAUGGAGAUCCUAUUCGUGCUGUCAUUCGCUCUACCGCGACUAACUGCGACGGUAGAACACCUAACAUUUCGAUGCCUGGUGCAGAAACCCAAGCAAGCCUUAUACAUCAGGCCUAUAGUCAAGCAAAGAUAUCUGAUCUUUCUGCAACUGCUUUCAUUGAAUGCCACGGUACUGGAACUGUCAUGGGAGACGUCGCUGAAUUAACAGCCGUUGCAAAAGCUUUUGGAGAGAAAGGAAUAUAUAUUGGGUCGGUCAAACCUAACGUCGGGCACUCUGAAGGUGCCUCAGGACUUACAAGCAUCAUCAAGGCUACUUUGGCCCUUGAGAAUAAGAUCAUACCCCCGAAUAUUAAUUUCAAGACCCCGAACCCGAAGGAGCCAACUACUUGGCCCCACGACCGAAGUGAACGUGUCAGCAUCAAUUGCUUUGGAAUUGGCGGCACAAAUGUGCACGUCAUUAUUGACUCGGCUGCGUCAUUCACCGCUAUGAAUAGUGAGUACUUAGAGAGACCUGCGCCGCAAAAUAAGUCGAGACUUCUCGUCCUGUCAGCAAAUUCUCAGAAUUCGCUUCAACGACAAGUCGAAAAUUUGAAAGCUUAUGUGGAAAGUCGGCCGGAGGUGUCAAAUGAUUUAUGCUUUAAUUUGGGGGCUAGAAGGGAACAUCUCAAGUACCGAGCCUUUACAAUUCUUGAGCAAGAAGGAAGUAUUGAUACUGCAGGCUUUGAAACAUCUCAAUAUACCAAGUCGCGUAGUAUGGUUUUCGUCUUCACAGGCCAAGGGGCACAAUGGGUCGGCAUGGGCAAAGAACUACUACUUGAGUUCGAUAUUUUCCGGAAUGAUAUCAAAGCCAUGGAUACGGCCUUACAAAAGCUGAAAAACGCCCCAUGUUGGAGUAUAGAAGAUGAGCUGUUGAAAUCCAGUGAGGAUUCUAGGGUUAACGAGCCUGAAUAUGCGCAGCCACUUUGUACAGCUGUGCAAAUUGCUCUGUCGAAUCUCUUAGAACUCUGGGGCCUUUUUCCCACUGGUGUGAUCGGUCAUUCAAGCGGCGAGAUUGCCGCUGCCUACUCUGCCGGCGCCAUUACCUUGGAGUCUGCCAUCAUUAUUUCCUACUAUCGUGGGCAGGUGACAAAAUCAAUUUCUGAAAAUGAUGCUACACCCCAAGGCGGAAUGGCUGCUGUUGGGCUUAGCCCGGAGAAAGUCAAACGCUAUCUUAUUGAUGGCGUGGUUAUUGCGUGUGAAAAUAGUCCACAAAGCGUGACUAUUUCUGGCGACAGCGACAAACUUGACAAGGUCAUUGCUAAGAUUCAAUCAACCGAAGAUGAUAUCUUUUGUCGGCGUCUUCGCGUCGGAGUUGCGUAUCAUUCUCACCAUAUGCAAGGCUUGACUGGGCUAUAUCAAGACCUUAUCGGGCCACAUAUAUCCUUUAAGGACGCCAUGAUUCCAUUCUACUCAAGUGUGACGGGAAAUAUCAUUAUUGAACCCAUUCAGCUAGAUGCAAAAUAUUGGGCUGAAAUUUUAUCAUUUACUGUUCUAUUUUCAACAGCGGUUGGAAGCUACCUUGAGAAAAAUGGUGGUAAUGCGUUGUUCCUAGAAAUUGGACCUCAUUCUGCUCUUUCUGGGCCUCUUAGGCAGAUCUUCGACGGCCACCAAGCAAAGCUGAAUGUCACCUAUAUACCUACACUUAUUCGAGGUGAAGGUCAGAGGAAAAGCCUGCUGACUGCAGCAGGGAGAGCCUACAUGAACGGUAGCCCUAUUAGUUUCUCAGAAAUUAAUGGCCCUGGGAGGGUGCUCACUGAUCUCCCAAAAUAUCCUUGGCAACACGACGUGAGAUAUUGGGGGGAGAACUUAAUCUCCCAAAGAUGGAGAAGUCGACAGCACCCACACCAUGAGAUCCUGGGCUCGCGUGUUUACGAGACAAGCGACAUAGAGCCUACUUGGAGAAACUUGCUAUACGUGGAACACACUCCUUGGAUCUGGGAGCAUAGGUUAAAUAAGGAGAUUGUAUUUCCCUGUGCUGGUUACAUCGCCAUGAUCGGUGAAGCUAUCUAUCAAAUUACCGGGUCUCAUGCAUAUUCAAUCAGGAACUUGUUCAUGAAGAGAGCUCUCAUAUUGGAAGAUUCUAGUGUCCUGGAGCUAGUCACUAGCCUGAGGCCUGUGCGGCUUACGGAUAGUGCUGAUUCCAAGUGGUACGAAUUCACCAUCAGCUCCUGUAACGACAAUACCUGGCAAAAGCACUGUACAGGCCGUGUGAUCCCCGGUGACAUUGAAGUAUGUCGAUUCAAAGAACAUAAAGGUCCAUUCAUCAGACAAGUACAGGCAGACCAGUGGUACUCCGCACUGGCAAAUCGAGGCCUGCAUUAUGGCCCUCGGUUCAGAGGCCUCGAGAACAUUACUGCGGAUCCGAUUGACUACCAAGCCACUGCGUCUAUAGCUGAUGAUGAGAAUCUACAUGAGAGCCACUACUCACUACACCCAUCAACAAUUGACCAAUGCUUACAGCUUUUUAGCGUAGCUUUCACGCAUGGUAUUUCUCGUCAAAUGACCAAACUCAGCAUCCCCGUGUCUAUUGAGAAACUUUAUAUUAGCACAGGGGCCCUGUCAAUGGCUGCCCACGCUAAAGGCACUGGAAGAUCUAGCAGUACGGCAAGUGGACGUGUGGUUAUGACAUUGGAUAAUAAAACUGUACUGUGGAUGGAGGGAGCCCAGUUCUUUACAGUGGACGAGGAAGAUACAAGCUUACCAAGGAGACGCUUGAUAUCACGAUGCGUGUGGAAACCGAUUGUCCUAUUAUGUUCCAUUGCGAAAUUGUCGGGCUCAGCCUCCAGGCCAUCAUCCGUACACUCUCGCCGGAUCGUAGGGCAGUUUACAAAUCUAUUGAUUCUCGAGUGUUUCCAUCGAAUAAAGCACCUCAAAGCUGAUUCUCCACACCUAGUCAAAUAUCAGGGGUGGAUUAUAUCCCAGACAGAUCGUCUUAGUAAAGGGCUGGAUGAACUAUUUCCUGAAACUUCUUCGUGGGCAGCAGCUUCUUCUGAAGCCCGCCUGACUGCUAUGGAGUCCCUAGUGCGAGAAUUGGAGGUUGAAUCUCCAAGGGACAUGCCGCUCAUUGAUAUCUCCAAAACUCUUCUUGAUCAUUGCCCUCAAAUAAUUGAAGGCAAAGUAAGUCCGCUGGAAGUUCUCAUGGAGGAUGAUAGAAUCAAGAACGUAUACAAUAAUUUGUGUUGGACGUCUGGUUGGUCUGAUUUUUUCGGUCUAUUUAGCCACUGGAACCCAAAUUUGAGAGUAUUGGAGAUAGGUGGUGGAGUAGGAUCUGCCACAGCAACAAUGCUGCUCCACCUAGCACCUGCAGGAAGGACUCGUAUGUAUUCCAAAUAUACGUUUACUGACAUAUCCCCUGGAGUGCUACCGUUAGCAAAAGAGAGGUUUAAAGACUUCGAAGAAAUAGAAUAUUCCGUGCUUGAUAUUAGCAAAGAUCCGACAAAGCAAGGCUAUAGCCCAGAGAGUUUUGAUCUCAUUAUUGCUUCGAACAGUACGUACGCAUGCUAUUGGUUCCUGGAGGUGGCCUUGUACUGGAGGAACUUUGCUCAGGGUGUCCUUCCAGGUUGGUGGCUAGGAGGUGGGGAUGGCAGAGAGGAUACCCCCCUUGUAAGUCCUGAGCGAUGGGGCCGGGAACUCCAGAAGAAUGGAUUCAGUGGGGCAGAAGCAGUGUUCUAUGACUGUGAGCAACCAUAUCACUAUGGCGCUGGUAUAUGGUCGCGGCGUGCAGAUAUAGUCCCAGUUAAAGGAGAUAUAUAUCUCCUUCAUCAUCCCACGGUUCAUGAAUGGGCGUAUAUAGCAGAGGCACAGCUUUCCCAAAGGGGCUACACGGUACAUUGGUGUACCCUGGACCAACUUCCUGCAGGCAAGAUCAUAAUUUCACUCCUUGACUUAGGUGGCCCAUUUUUCGACAAAAUCUCCGAAGGAAACUUCCGCGCCUUCCAAAAAGCUAUGUCAACUGCAACCAAUUGUCGGAUGAUAUGGGUAACACGAGGAAGCCAGCUUGAGUGUUCAGACCCUCGAUAUGGUUUAGUUCUCGGCCUGGCUCGUACGCUUAGAUUCGAGAUGGAUGUGGAUUUUUCCACGUUCGAAGUUGAUAAGUUUGAUGAAAAGACUGCUACUUCCCUCUGUGAUCUGCUUAAGGAGAUGCAAAUCUUCCGCGAGAAACCAUGGCUGGACCAGGAUUAUGAAUUCGCUGUACGUGAUGGAGUUAUUCAUAUUGGCAGAUUCCAUUGGACGCCUCUGGAUGAGGAAAUUACCACGACCAACAAGCCCAAUAUGUCCAAAGGUCUACACAUUGGAACCUAUGGUCUCUUGGAUUCUUUAUCCUGGGUUGAAUACGAAGAGCCUCCAGUUGGGGGAAACGAUGUGAUGGUGGAAAUAAAAUACACUGGGCUUAAUUUUAGGGACAUUAUGGUGACAUUGGGUGCCCUUGGUGACACAAGUGAGAUUGGACUUGAGAGCUCGGGAACUAUUUUCAAAGUCGGUUCAAACGUCAAGAACUUGCGUGUUGGCCAAAGGAUUUUAGCUCUGGGUAUCGGUCUUCUUCGUACCAGGAAGGUGAUACCUGCAAAUCACUGUGUCCCAAUCCCCGAUGGAUUGUCUCUAGAAGAUGCAGCGACAAUGACUUCGGUAUAUGCUACCGUGAUACUCUCCCUAAUACGGCUUGGAAAUCUUCAAAAAAACCAGAUCUACGCAACUGUUGGAAAUGAACAGAAACGGAAGUACCUUGUAGAGAACCACCAAAUUCCCGAAGAUCAUAUAUUUGAUUCAAGGAGCGCCUCAUUCUUCGACGGUGUCAUGCGACAUACCAAUGGGAGGGGAGUCGAUCUUGUCCUGAAUUCUCUCUCUGGCGAAUUGUUGCAUGCCUCAUGGCGUUGUGUUGCUGAGUUCGGUCGGAUGAUUGAACUAGGGAAGAGAGACAUCAUGGGCCAUGCACAGCUGAGUAUGGAUGGAUUCUCUGGAAAUAGAGCAUAUUUCGGAGUUGACCUAUUCCGACUCGGCGAGACAGACGCGACUAUGUUUGGACAUGCCUUCAGGUACAUGCAGACCGGGAAACAUAUGGGCAAGAUCAUCAUAAAAAUGCCAGAGGAUCCAGCAGAAUUACCAGUCGCAAAGAACAACUUAAACCUUUCUCUAUCCCCAGGAGGGUCCUACUUACUGGCAGGCGGACUUGGCGGACUUGGUCGUCCUAUUACGACUUGGAUGAUUGAAAAGGGAGCCCGUAAUUUCAUAUUUUUGUCGCGAUCAGCAGGAGAAUCUGAUUCAGACAAAGCUUUCCUGCGCGAACUGGAUGCCCAAGGGUGUACAGCUACCGUAGUGAAGGGAAAUGUAACUGAACUAGACGAUGUCAAACGGGCAGCUACUGCUAGCCCAAAACCAGUUGUUGGCGUUAUCAACUUGGCUAUGGUAUUGAGGGACGAAGCCUUUGAAAAAAUGACCUAUGAUGACUGGAAUGCUGCGCUCGCGCCCAAAGUCCAAGGAACUUGGAAUUUACAUAACGUCUUCAAGGACGUUUCCCUGGAUUUUUUCAUCCUCACUAGCUCUAUAUCUGGUAUGAGAGGUAACUUUGGCCAGGCAAACUAUAAUGCAGCGAACACCUUCCUGGAUACCUUCGUGCGCUAUCGCAAAUCUAUGGAUCUGCCAGUCUGGGCUAUUGACGUUGGAGCUAUGCAGGAAAUUGGCCAUUUUAGCCAGGAUAAAAACCUGGUGAAGAAGGCACUUGCCAACUCAAUAGAAAUGCCAGACAACUCCUAUCUCGUCGAUGCUUUGCAGGUAGCCAUGUUGAAGUCAAAGGAGUCCGAGUCAGGCCAAUUUGCUAUAGGACUGGGUACAUCGAAACCUCCUCCUGAUAGUGGUAACCACCCGUUGUGGCCAAGAGAUGCUCGAUUCACCAUUAAUAAAAACCUUCAGUGGAAAUCUGAUAAGGCAAACACUACUAGCAUUGUAGACCUCAGAAGCUUCGUUGAAGACAUCAAGAAGGACCCCAGCAUCUUAGACUCGCCGGAGAGUAAGAAAAGAAUCGCAAAGGAACUGAGGGUACUGAUAGGCCCGCGUGCGGGACUUGAUGAAAAUGCAGACGACGAGGAGAUCGAUAACAUUGUAAUCGACUCUUUGAUGUCUAUCGAGAUCAGAAGCUGGUUCCGCCGGAAUUUAUCGUUGGACGUACCACUGAUUGAAAUCUCAAAUGCAAAAACCGUCGGAGGGCUCACAGCAACUACCAUGAAUGCAUUGCGCUGUAAGUAUCAGUCAAAAUCCACCGAAGAUGAUGGGAAGGAUAGCGGGAUAUCUACGAGCGAAACCCCUGAUGAGGGAACAUUGAAAAACGAUAUACUAUUGGGAACUGGAUUACAACCUACCCCAGGGCCGACUAUUGACUGGAAAUGCGAGUCCGAGGGCCGGAUAUUCUUAACAGGUGCUACCGGUUUUAUUGGUGCGUGGAUGCUAGCAUCACUCCUUGGGCGGCCUGAUGUUAAAAUUGUUGCCUGUCUUGUACGAGCAAGGGAUGAAAAUACUGGCCUGCAACGCAUCAAGGAGACUUUUAAGAAAUAUGGGAUUGAAUGGAAAUGCGAUGAGAAGCUGGCAGUCAUUCCGGGAGAUAUAUCCAAGCCAAAAUUGGGUCUUGAAGGGGCUAAGUUUGAUGAAUUGUCAGCGUGGACAAGUGCUGUCUUUCAUUUUGCUGCGCUGUCAAAUUUUCUAGAGCCUUAUUCUGCUCACCGGGAGGCAAACGUUAUUGGAACUUUCAAUAUGCUUCAAUUUGCGACCAACAAGCGGCGAAUAACUUUCCAUCAUAGCUCCAGUUUGUCUGCUUGUGGGCUAAAUGCAUAUCUCGGCAAGCAGCACAUUUCAGAAGAUCAAAAACCGGAGGUUGAUCUUAAGAAGGCUGGCCACCAUAUCGGAUACUCGUACAGCAAGUACACUGCUGAGAUGGUCUUAUGGAAUGCCAUAUCGAACGGAGUGCCUGCGUCUAUUUAUCGUUUCAGCAUGGUUCUGGGACAUAGCGUUACUGGUAUUGGGAACGAUGACGAUGCCACCUCGAGAAUGAUGUCCAACUGCAUACAAAUUGGCAGCUAUCCCAUUGCCCCCAAACAACGCAGCCAGUUUGUUCCAGUGGACUUCGCUGUUUCGUGCAUGCUGGAGAUUUCCACAUCCCUGGAAAAUAUCGGCCAUGCGUACAAUGUGAUACAACCAGAUCAGGAGAAACUGGUUGAUCUUCCGGCGACUUUUGAUAUGUUAAGACAAUGCUGCCCCUCGCCGCUACGGCCUGUUCCAUACGAGGACUGGCUUCAAUCUCUUGCAAAAUUCCGAGCUGGUAGGAUGAGCGUCUUUCUUCCAGAGAUGGAGGAUAAAGAGCACGAACGCCGCGACAUCUGGCAGAAUAUUCACGCAGGUGAGCAUCGUUACGGUACUGAUAAUUUGCGUCGGGCCCUCGCACAUCGUCCAGAGAUGCUACAGCUUCCUUCUAUGGACAAGCUCAUGAAGGUAUGGUCGGCCCAGUGGAUCAAGCAGGCUACCAGAAGGGAGCAAACAUCUCUUCUCUAG